CGGUACCAGCUGUACAACAACAACAACAAGACGAGGCAGCGCUGGUGGAGCCUUGUGAGUGUGUCUUGCAACACGGUGAUUACUGGGAACCAACGGAGGCUCUUUUUCAUCAUGGCGUCACGUGAUGUUCUGAGCAGACUAGAGCAGAAAGCCAUAGAGACAGAGAAAAUGAUAGAGCUCCUCACAAAACAGGUCAACCAGUUGCAGGCCAUUGCUGUGGAGGCACGCAAAGAUCAACUGAAAAAUGAGAAUCAAGAACUACAGAAAGAAGUGGAUAGGCUAAAGCAAAAUUUGUUGAGUCUAGAGAAAACCCAGGGCAUCACUCAGUAUUAUGACUUCGUUAAGAAGACCAAACCGUCCAUUCCUGAUAAUGUUAUCCCUGGUAAUGAUCCUCUGGUCCAGUCAUCAGUACAGUCACUGUCGCCUAAGCCUCAGGUGGAAAAACAAAAGAAGAGUGAUAAGAGACCUGAGAAGAAAGAGAAAAAGGAAGAGGGAGGAGGAUUAAAAAAAUCAGAUGAUGAAGCGCCUGUGGAUGUGUCACGUUUAGAUUUCAGAAUUGGAAAAAUUGUGUCGGCAAAGAAGCAUCCAGAUGCAGAUUCUCUCUAUGUUGAAGAGGUUGAUAUCGGAGAAGAGAAGACGCGCACUGUUGUUUCUGGACUUGUGAGAUUUAUUCCAGUGGAGGAAAUGCAGAAUCGCAUGGCAGUGUUGUUGUGCAACCUGAAACCAGCCAAGAUGCGAGGUAUCACAUCUGAAGCUAUGGUUAUGUGUGCAUCAUCUCCUGAUAAGGUGGAAAUUCUGACCCCACCAGAAGGUAGCCAACCAGGUGACCUUGUAGAAUUUGAAGGUUAUACCAGAAACCCAGAUUCCGUCCUUAAUCCCAAGAAGAAAAUAUUUGAAACCUGUGCACCUGACUUGAAAACAGAUGCUAACAAAGUAGCUGUUUACAAAGGUGUUCCAUUUACUGUUCCUGGUAAAGGGAUUAUUAUUGCACAAACUCUGUCCAAUGUUCAGGUAAAGUGAAUUAUAAGAAAUUAUAAUUUCAUUACUUUUGAGGGUCAUUAUCUGUACAACUGGGGAAUGUUUGAUUUUAUUUUGAGUAUAAAAUUUAUACUUUAAAUACUGCAGCCAUGGUGCAGUAUUUGGAAUUGUUGAAACACUAACUUCUUGUAUGUUUAUAUUGGGGCUUGUUAAAAAUAAAUUUCAGUUUUACCA